AUGGCCGUUCAUUCCAGAGAUGAAUCCCUGAUGUACAAGGUCUUCCCAUCCAGCCUAGGACCCAUAGCAAUAAGAUGGUUUGAUAGCUUGAAGGCCGAUUCCAUAAACUCCUUUAAGGAGCUCACCCAGGCAUUUGGUUCUCACUUCAUCAUCAAUAGCAAAGUCCCUCGACCCCUAUCUUCCCUACUAUCCUUGAGUAUGAGAGAGGGAGAGACUCUGAAAAUGUUCUCAAACAGAUAUAGAGAAAUGUAUAAUGAGAUGAACAAUAACUUUGAAGACAUCGCCAUCAGUACCUUCAAGAGUGGCAUCCCGAUCGAGCAUGGCUUAAGGAAGUCCCUAACGGGAAAACCUGUCACUAAUUUGCUUCAACUCAUGGACUGUAUUGACAAGUAUAAGGGGGUUGAGGAAGACCAGCAAAUGGGUGAAGGAAAGGUUAUCCCUCAGGAAAGGAGGGAUUUCAGGUCGGAUCGAUACAAUAAUAGCUGGUCACGGAGAGAUUUUGGUGGUCAGUCAGGACCUACCAACACUCAGACGGUCAAUGCAGUGUUCCAAGAAUCGGUGCACCAGGUUCCGAAGAAGGUUAAGAACGAACCGUUCUUCAAAUGGCCAAACAAGAUGGUUGGGAACCCCCUGAGACGAAACCAGAACCUUUAUUGCCAGUACUAUCAGGACCAAGGGCACACUACAGAGAAUUGCAGGAAUUUGUGGGACCAUUUGGACUAG